CACUUCUUCUUGUUCUUGAUUGCUCGGGGAACAAAGUUCAAAGCCGAAAACGGAAACUUUUCUGUCAGAUUGUUUUAGUUCUUAGUAAAAUGAAAGACUAAGCUCGACUAUUGAGUAGCUUUAGCUGGUUUCAUCAAAUGAAGAGGAUUUUAGUUGUGUUUACUAACUGCUGUGUUUUGGUUGGUUGAAUGUGAUCUGGGGUUACUUAAGCUGGCGGGGCUACCAAGCAGCCAAAUACUGGCCUCUUUUUAGGAUUGAAAGGGAAGGAGUUGGCUCUGCAUCCCUCUAAUUGAAACAGAGUUGUUUGGCAGAAUAUUUUUGUUCCUGUAUCUGUUUGGCUGUUGAGAUUUAUAUGCAAGUCAGAGGAAGACAACAUUGCCAAAAGGAUUAAAUGGAAAAUGGGGAUGCUAGGAUUAUGCAGACUAGAGAAAUGGGUAACUCAUGGUUGCAUGGAUUUCUCUGCUUAAGGUGGUCACUAGAGAAAUAGUGCAACUUUGGUUUGGAACUUCAUCCCGUGUUGUAUCUGAUUUAUGUGCAUAAAAGAUUAAUUUGAGAUAAUUUAUCCACAAGAGUUGUGUGCUUAGUUAUGGAAUCACUGUGGAAGCUUUUAUAUUUACUUGAGCCUGCCCCUGUUACUCUCGUAGUUACAGCAGUGGCUGUGACAUUUGGAUCUGCAUUUCGUGCUCUGAAUUAUGGGAAAGAAAUGGAGCGGAAUCGUGACUUGUCAGAAGCAUCAAUUACUUUAGAUAGGUCCCAAGCACUAAUGAUUCCAGUAAUGAGCUCUUGUAGCUUGCUUUUGAUGUUUUACCUGUUUUCUUCUGUCUCACAACUCCUGACUGCAUUCACAGCUGUUGCCUCCGUUUCAUCCCUUUUCUUCUGUCUAUACCCGCAUGUUGCCUAUUUGAAAUCACAAUUUGGUUUGGCUGACCCAUUUGUGUCUCGGUGCUGUUCAAAGUCAUUCACCAGAAUACAAGGGUUAUUACUGUUGGCAUGCUUUGUUACAGUUGCAGCUUGGCUUGUUUCAGGGCAUUGGAUAUUGAACAAUUUGUUAGGUAUCUCCAUCUGUAUCGCAUUUGUUAGUCAUGUGCGCCUUCCAAACAUCAAAAUAUGUGCGAUGCUUCUUGUAUGUUUGUUCGUGUAUGACAUAUUUUGGGUUUUCUUCUCUGAAAGAUUUUUCGGGGCUAAUGUCAUGGUAUCGGUAGCAACACAACAAGCAUCAAACCCUGUUCACACAGUUGCUAAUAGUUUGAGUCUUCCUGGCUUACAAUUGAUUACAAAGAAGCUAGAGUUGCCUGUAAAGAUUGUUUUUCCAAGGAAUUUGUUGGGUGGUGCAUCACCUGGUGGGAACACAGCAGACUUCAUGAUGCUUGGUCUUGGUGACAUGGCCAUUCCUGCCAUGCUUCUAGCAUUAGUCCUUUGUUUUGAUCAUCGAAAGAGUAGGGAAACAGUAAAUCUUUUAGAUUUACAUUCCUCAAAGGGGCACAAAUACAUAUGGUAUGCGCUUUCUGGGUAUGCUAUUGGACUAGUGACUGCUCUAGCAGCUGGCAUUUUGACUCACUCUCCUCAACCUGCUCUUCUUUAUCUGGUACCUUCGACAUUGGGACCUGUAAUUUUCAUCUCCUGGUUAAGGAAGGAACUAGUUGAAUUAUGGGAAGGAACCAUGCCAAACCUCAAUGAGAAGGAACGACAAAUAGAAGUCUGAGCCAUCUCUUCGUAUGAUCCAACGCCACAUAAGGGCAUGCAUAGCCAUGUGGUUGUAUAUUUCUUUGAAAAGUAUAGUAUAUGAAGAAUUCAAUGUUUUACUUUGUUGAAUCCAACUUUGAUUAUGAAAUAUGUCCCUAAUGGAAGGCAGAAAGCAAACUUGGUGAGCCAAGCUGUAGCAUAUUGGGAGAGCAACUAUUUGCUUUAUGAUGCUUUCUGGUU